AUGGCCGACGACGACCCCAAUCUUUCCCUUCCCACCCCCGACGGAGGUGCCCUCGGCUCCCCCUCCCAUUUCUACCCAUUCGCAACCUCCCCAGAUAUUAUUCGCUCACACGAGAAAGAUGCGUACAUGACAGCAGGGCUCGUACAACAAGCCCAAACAAUCAUCCGUUCGCUGAAAGGCGCUCGCUUCGCUCACACCUACUCCGACGCUAUCAAGCAUCUCACCGAACUUCUCUACUUCUCUCUUACCACCGCAAUCGGAAACCGCACACUUGGCGAAGAAUACUGCGAUCUCGUUCAGUUGGAAGAUGACUCCCUCCGUCUACCUGCAAUCACCCGCCGCGUCGGAUACAUCCUCAGCAGCAUCCUAGUACCAUGGUGGCUGCAACGGCUUCUGCCCGCGCUGCGACAGCGGGUGCGAAGCAAACUGGAGCGGAGCAUUGCGCGACAGCAACUCCGAGCAGCACAGCAGCAGAUGCCCACACUAUCGAAACCGAUUAACCUCAAUAAUAAUAAUAAAGUGGUGUCGAAGCCGUUCUUCACAAAGCUGCGCAUCCAACAGUACAUCCUUGACCAUUUGGAUUCGAUGACCUCUCUGUCGCCGAUUUAUGCACUAAGUAUCGCGACUUUCUACUUUACGGGCUCGUACUAUCAUCUUUCAAAACGGAUCUGGCGCUUGCGCUACGUCUUUACUAAAAAGAUUGAUGAGAAUGAGCAGCGCAUCGGAUAUGAGGUCCUGGGUGUAUUGAUGAUUCUCCAGGCCGCUGUGCAGGGCUUCCUGCAUGUGCGUAAGAUCGGCGAGAGCAUGAAUAAUGCGGACACUGAGGGUGCCGGGGCCGAGACAACACAAUCUCAGGGUGGUGCUGUUAUUGCUUCGAUUCAACACCCCGUUUCUGUGCCAAUGCUGUCUGCUUCAUCGCCUCGAUAUGACCUCGAGGAGGAUCCAGGUGCGGUUGCAUGGAUCCCAGAUGGACAGCAGAGGAAGUGCACAUUGUGUUUGGAUGCGUUCAAGGAUCCCAGUCUUACGACUUGUGGCCAUGUGUUUUGUUGGAUUUGUGUGAGAGACUGGGUGCGUGAGAAACCGGAGUGCCCGCUUUGUCGACAAGAAGUGUUACUGUCUAAGAUACUUCCUCUGAGAGGGUGA